GAAAAUGGUGAAGAAUUUUUUUUACAAAUUAAUAUGACUUUUUAUUCCAAAAAAGUAAUGUGGGUUGUGUGAUAACGCGGGGUUAAGUGAAUUAGUUUAGUCUUUAAUAUAUUUUUAAUUUUGCAAUUCACCACAAAUUGUAGAUAAAAAGUUCAUGGUUUAUUUAAUCAGGAAGAACUUUUGACUGAUUUUUUUUGUUGGUUAUGUAAUUUUUCUAAUUAUAAUCAGUUUGCCGAAUUUCAAGAAAUAAAUUGAGAUUUAAAAAUAUUUUUUGAACGUGAUAGGAUGUUGAAGACAGUUAAAAAUUUAUACAGAAGUAGGUUAUGUAAGUCACAUGAAAACAUUUUAAAAAUGGGUACCAAAGUUGCAUCCAGUAAUAAUUCAGCUAUUGACAAAAAAUUUGCCCUACCUUCAAGAUAUGGUGAAAGCAAAGAAAGCGUUUGGACAGAAUAUAUCCAAUUGGCUAUAGACUAUAAACCUCUCAAUCUUGGACAAGGGUUUCCAGAUUAUCCACCACCUCAGUAUAUCAUGGACACAUUAGCUAAAGUUUCGAACCAAUCAGAUUACAUGUUUCAUCAAUAUACUAGAGGAUUUGGACACCCUAGAUUAGUUGCAGCUAUAACUAAACUGUAUUCUAAAUUAUUAGGUAGAGGAAUUAAUGAACGCACAGAACUAAUAACAACUAUUGGAGCAUAUGAAGCUCUACAUGCAUCUAUUAUGGGGCACACAGAAGCUGGUGAUGAAGUUAUAAUUAUCGAACCAUUUUAUGACUGUUAUGAACCUUUAGUUAGGUAUGCUGGAGGAAUACCUAGAUUCAUACCUUUAAGAUUGAAAGAACCAUCUGACGGUCGUUUAUCUACAUCAGCAGAUUGGGCAUUGGAUAAGGAUGAAUUAGAAUCUUUGUUCAAUGAAAAAACCAAAAGCAUCAUUAUCAAUAAUCCAAAUAACCCUUUAGGAAAGGUAUUUACGGAAGAUGAACUCAAUCAUAUAGCAGACCUAUGUAAAAAAUGGAAUGUCUUAUGUAUUUCAGAUGAAGUAUAUGAAUGGAUAGUGUACAAACCAAACAAACACAUUAGAAUUGCUACCCUACCUGAUAUGUGGGAAAGGACAAUCACAAUUGGUUCUGCUGGCAAAACUUUUAGCGUUACAGGCUGGAAAUUAGGUUGGGCAAUUUGUCCUGCAAAUUUGAUGAAGAAUUUACAAACAAUUCAUCAAACCAGUAUUUAUACUGGAGUGACACCUAUACAGGAAGCAUGUGCAGUUGGGUUUGAACUUGAAAUGGAACGUUUAGGUACAGAUGAAUGCUUCUUUGUUUCUCUACCAAAAGAAUUAGAAGCUAAACGUGACUUUAUGGCUAAAUUUCUAUUAGAUGUUGGCAUGAAACCUAUAAUACCAGAAGGGGGAUAUUUCAUGCUAGCUGAUUGGACCCCUUUAGAAGGAAAAAUAGAUCUUAAUUCAGAAAAUGAUCCUGAAAAAGAUUAUAGAGCUACAAAAUGGAUGACGAAAAAUAUUGGUUUACAAGGAAUUCCACCGUCAGCAUUUUAUGGCCCAGAUAACAAGAAGCUAGGAGAAAACUAUAUUAGAUAUUGUUUCAUAAAGAAAGAUGAAAAUCUACAAAAAGCGGCGGAGAUUUUGAAGAAAUGGAGAGACUCUUGACCAAUAUUUGUUUGUAAUUAAAAAAAAUGUGAUACAAAAUGUUGUGGUAAAAUGAAAUAUAUAUUUUGUUAUA